UUUUGAAGUAUAAACAAUCAUGGCCUCCGAUCCAUUCUUGUGUUGAAUGGACCUCGAUGUGCCUUUGUGGAAUUGUAGUGCCCGCCUUACCCUUGUUGAAAAGUAAACUUUUGGGGGAAAAGAGUCAAGUUCGUGGGCUAUUUUAGAAUCUUUAUGAUGUUACCCUCUGGACUGCCAUCGUUUUCUUACCAGAAAAUCGGAAGACCUUAUAACCAUUAAGUAGUCAUCAGGAAAUAUUUGCUUUGAAGUUAUUCUCCAAACAAGCAUCAGGGUUUUUCAUGAAUUUAAUAGACAAGGUUAUCACUUAUUAUUUCCUAUCAAAAUUAGUUAGUCAAAAUGCGAGUUGUACUACUUCGAAGAAGUAAGCAGCUUGUGUUGGUGCUCUUGUCAGUGUUUGGUUUGUGGCUUGGUGUAAUUGUUAUGAAUGGUAAACUCCCCAGCCAUCAUGUUAGCCUUGUAUUUAAUCAAAAAACUGAUGAUUCCUUUCCAGCAAAUGCUGGUACAGAAAAGUAUUUGCCUGAGAAGUCUAUCACUACCUUAGAAACAGAGCAAACCCAAAGAAAAAAAUUAGCAAAAGAGGUAUGCACACUUUCUCAAAGAUACCCAAAUCUUGACUCAGUUAUAAAGGACCGUGUGCUACUGGAUCAUAUUAUUGUUGAUGAGGAACACAGACUACUAUAUUGUUAUGUGCCAAAAGUUGCAUGCACAAACUGGAAAAGAUUACUGAUGGUGUUGAUGGGCAAAGCAAACACAACCAAUCCUCUAGCCAUCGUAGCAGAUGACUCCCAUCGUUUGAAUGUCUUCCGCCGCCUAGACAAUUAUACUGGUGAAGAAAUACGCUAUCGCUUAGAUCACUUCAUGAAAUUCAUGUUUAUCCGGCAUCCAUUUGAGAGGCUCGUUUCCGCCUUCCGUAACAAGUUUGGCCAAAAUAGUUCCAGUUCUGACUACUUUCGUUCGCGAUAUGGACGUCAAAUCAUCAAACAAUAUCGCACCAAUGCUUCGGAAGAAUCUCUUUCGCGAGGUCAUGACGUCACGUUUCGUGAGUUCGUCCAGUACAUAAUCGAUCCUCGCACAGUUGCGCGUGCUAAUUUCAACGAACACUGGCGCCCAAUGGUAGACCUUUGUUUGCCGUGCACCAUUCAGUACAACGUGAUCGGAAAAUACGAAACUCUCAUGGACGAUGCAUGGUUAGUGUUGGAGAAAGCAAAUCUCAAUCAAAAAGUUAGCUUUCCCCGAUCCGAUCGACCGUCAAGCACAAACUCACUUGUCGAAGAGUAUACCAAACAUCUCACGCGGGAAGAACUGCUGCAUCUCUAUCACAUAUACGAGAUGGAUUUCAGGCUCUUCGACUAUCAUUCUCCAGGGUUCGAUUAAUGCUCAUGGCAUUUAAUCAGUUAUUAAAACGCAUUACUUGCAUUUAAGUGACUUACAUUUUUGUGUGAUAUGUUAUAGUGCUUAUAUUGUCUUUAAGGGGCUUUGAAACCGGUGAUGAACGUUGGGUUAUAAGUGCACCAAUGUUAAUGGAAAAUGGUCUCAAUUACUUACCUGCGUACUAUCGGAUUUUGUACUCAAAACUUUCCUGAAAUUCUGGACCUAACCCAAAAAUCGCCCAUUUCGUGUGCUCCUAAGAAUUAGGCUUCCUGCAUUUUUUCCUAUUAGUUAAGCCAGUUAAAUACAUCUUUGAAUCUUUU